AUGGAGACGGGAAACCAGAGAGAUACAGAAGAAACAAUGUCAAUCUCAUCGUCCCGAGCCUCGACCGCGUCAGGGCAUUCUAGCAAUGCCGAUCCGCCCAGAACAUCGAAUUCAAAACAACGUCCAGUAACCCUAGCCAGAACUGCCUCGAUCCUGCCCGAUGCUAUUGUCGUUCCACGCUCGCAGCGGCGUGGACUUCUUGCUCGCUUUGCCCUCAUCCCGGAGGUCGAGAACCCAGAGCAUUAUGCGCGGCAAACGAAAUGGUUUCUGACCUUCAUUGUCGCAUUCUGCGCCAUGGCAGCACCCAUGGGCAGCGCAAUUGUCAUGCCAGUGCUGCAGGAAAUCAGUACAGCCUUCAACGCGACCGAGACAGUGACCAACAUGAGCGUUGCUGUGUACAUGCUUAGCAUGUCCAUCUUCCCCUUGUGGUGGAGCUCUUUUUCGGAGCGACUGGGCAGGCGUACUAUAUACAUAAGUUCGUUCAUACUCUUCGUAGUAUUUGCCAUACUCUCUGCCAUCAGCAAAAGCAUCGCCAUGCUCAUUGUCUUCCGUGUUCUGUCUGGCGGCGCAGCAGCAUCUGUACAAGCGGUAGGGGCAGGGACCAUCGCCGAUGUCUGGGAGACGAAAGAGCGUGGACGAGCAAUGGGUAUCUUCUAUCUUGGACCUCUCUGCGGCCCACUCUUCGCCCCCAUCAUUGGUGGUGCUUUAGGCUCAGGUCUAGGUUGGCGAUCAACACAAUGGUUCCUGGUCAUCUAUGGCGGCAUGACACUCAUCUUCAUCAUCUUCGCACUCCCGGAAACCCUGCACAGGAAAGAAAAACCAUCUGCUGAUCCGACAGCAGCACCAGCCGGUAACGAAACCGAGAAGGAGCAAAGUACAACACUCGGAAGAAGCGCAACCCGCGCCUCAACCGUUCAAAAGACCAAGGGCGUACUUCUUCAUCUCCGCCAUAUCUUCAUCGACCCCUUGCGCAUCAUAGCAUGGCUCCGGUUCCCACCAGUCCUCCUAACCGUCUAUUACGCCAGCAUAACAUUCGGCAGUCUCUACAUCCUCAACAUUAGCAUCCAGUCCACUUUCGCCGCUCCACCCUACUCAUUCUCUACCCUCAUCAUCGGCCUACUUUACAUUCCCAACUCGGCCGGCUACCUUCUCGCCUCACUGUUCGGCGGUAAAUGGAUUGACAGUAUCAUGCACCGCGAAGCCCGAAAAGCGGGACGUUACGACGACAAAGGCAAGCUUAUCUUUCGCCCCGAAGACCGGAUGAAGGAGAAUGCGUGGAUUGCUGCUAUCCUUUGGCCUUCGGCCCUGAUCAUUUAUGGUUGGACAGCGGAGAAGGGGGUCCAUUGGAUCGUGCCCAUGAUUAGCAACUUCUUUUUCGGCAUCGGUAGUAUGCUCAUUUUCGCGCUGGUCAACACUAUGCUCACGGAGUUCAUGCCUCGGCGGGCUGCCUCUGGAAUUGCGCUGAACAAUUUUGUGAGAAACAUCUUCUCCUUUACGGGCGCGGUAGUUGCAGAGCCGAUAUUGAGCGCCAUAGGAAAUGGAUGGUUGAUGACGAUCUUAGGCAUUUGGAGCGUGGUCACAGGGUGUGCGGCGCUCUAUGCUAUGGGCAGAUGGGGUGGGAAGUGGAGGGAAGCUAUGGUCAAGGUUAUGGGCUGA